CCCUCGGGCCGGCGGCGCGGUCUGGACGCCGCGGCCUGCGCAGCCCCGAGGGCCCCGUGUCGCCCGCCCUCCCGAGCCAAGGUUCUCAGGAGCGGGCCACGGAAAAGUCGUUGGCGGGAGGAGUUAGCGGCUGUUGGGAAAACGGGUUCACGGAAACAGUCCUUCCAAAGCCCUGGCCAUCGCGGGGACCGACCCGCCUUCCUCCCUCCCAGGCCGGCGGGUGCCGGCUAACGGGCGCUGGGCAGAUUGCGCGCAGCCCACCCCGACACGCCCGGGCCGGGCCCAGCAGGAGGAGCCGCGGGGCACCGCCAGUUGGCCCCUCAGGGCCUUGAACGCCCAGGAGUCAAAGCGCGUCGAGCCGGCGCUGGUCAGCUGCAGCCUUUGGAGACUUGAGGCUAUGAAUCGCAGCAGCUCUAAGAGUGGAGUAGUCCUGGCUCCAGGCACCCAAGGUCCUGAUGCCUGUCAGAUGAUAACCAGAGCCCAACUUGGCCAGGAUCUUCCCCAGAGGACAGUGCUAGGGGUGCUCACUGAGAAUGGGCAGUACAGGAGGACCUAUGGCCAGGGAGUCACAACAAUCAGGUGUUUCUCUGGAUCUGAAAAUGCUUUCCCUCCAGCUGGAAAGAAGGCACUCUCUGGUGGAGAGGUUGAGGUGCCAGCCAAGCAAGGAUUUGAUAUCUACAUGGAUGAGGCAGAGCAAGGGGACAGAGACAUCAUUACUGGGAGAGAGGGGAUGGCCAUUGAGGAAGUGUACGAAGUAGACACCAGUACACUCAAGUCAGACCUCCACUUCCUGUUUGAUUUUAGUACAGUUUCUCCUAUGGUGGUAGAUUCAUCUCUCUAUCCCCAGUCUGAAGAUGCAUCAGACUUAGGAACAGAUGUAAUAAAUGUGACUGAAUAUGCGGAAGAAAUUCAUCAGUACCUGAGAGAAGCUGAAAUGAGACACAGGCCUAAGGCCCACUACAUGAGGAAACAACCAGACAUUACUGAGGGCAUGCGGACCAUUCUGGUGGACUGGCUGGUAGAGGUCAGUGAAGAAUACAAGCUUCGUGCAGAGACUCUCUACCUGGCUGUCAACUUCCUGGACAGGUUUCUGUCAUGCAUGUCUGUCCUGAGAGGGAAACUACAGCUUGUUGGGACAGCAGCCAUUCUCCUGGCUUCGAAAUAUGAGGAGAUAUAUCCACCUGAAGUCGAUGAGUUUGUGUAUAUAACUGAUGAUACUUACACAAAAAGGCAGUUGCUAAGAAUGGAACACCUGCUCCUGAAAGUCCUCACUUUUGAUCUGACAGUGCCAACCACCAACCAGUUUCUGCUCCAGUACCUAAGGAGGCAAGGUGUAUGUGACAGAACCGAGAACCUGGCCAAGUAUGUAGCAGAACUGAGUCUACUUGAAGCUGACCCAUUUUUGAAAUAUCUGCCUUCACUGAUAGCUGCAGCAGCUUAUUGCCUGGCAAACUAUACUGUGAAUAGAAACUUCUGGCCAGAAACCCUCGCUGCAUUUACAGGCUAUUCAUUAAAGGAAAUUGUGCCUUGCCUGAGUGAGCUACAUAAAGUAUGCCUUGUUAUCCCACAUCGGCCUCAGCAAGCAAUUAGGGAGAAGUACAAGGCUUCAAAGUAUAUGCAUGUGUCUCUGAUCGAACCACCUGCAGUUCUUCCUCUACAAUAAAUCACAGAACUGAAGCACCUGCAGAGAGGAACCAUCAGAUCAAUAUAUUGGCCUUAACUUUCAUAGUCUUCUGCAGGUUGAAUCAAUUAGUAUUGCUAUAAUAUAGAUAAAAUAUUUUUAAAAGUGUAAAUGUAUUUAGGUUGUCUUAGACUGUAGUAUCUUGUAAUAUAGUCAGACAUUUUUUAAAGAAUAAACAACUUUUGACCACU